AUGUGGGAGGGAUUGACCUUGGAGCAAGGAAACAUAUCGUGGAUGCUUGUGUCCUCCGCGCUGGUACUGUUCAUGACACCGGGGCUGGCGCUUUUCUACGCAGGACUUGCGCGCAGCAAGAACGCAUCCACCACCAUAAUGCACAGCCUCAUGAGUAUGGGGAUCAUCGGCGUUGUCUGGGUCCUGUGGGGCUACACAAUCGCCUUCGGACCCUCCGUUGGCGGCCUGUUCGGUGACUUUAGCUUCUUCGGGCUCAGCGGCGUUAGUUCUGAAGUCGGACCCGACGGCGGUAUCCCACCUAUGCUGUUCAUGACGUUCCAGGGCAUGUUCGCAAUCAUCGCCCCAGCCAUACUCACAGGCGCAUUCGCCGAGCGCAUGAAGUUCAGCGCCUACGUCCUCUUUAUGAUUCUCUGGGUAACUCUCGUUUACGCGCCCGUAGCCCACUGGGUAUGGGCUGAGGGCGGCUGGAUAUUCAAUCUCGGCGCUCUGGACUUCGCCGGAGGAAACGUCGUCCACAUCACAUCCGGAGUUGGCGCCCUCGCCGCUGCACUGAUAGUCGGCAGGCGUAUGGGAUUCGGCACCGAACCCAUGGAGUCCCACAAUGUCCCCAUGGUCGUGCUAGGCACCGGCAUGCUCUGGUUCGGUUGGUUCGGAUUCAACGCAGGGAUCUGCCCUCGCCGCAGACAGCACCGCGAUCAACGCCUUUGUCGUCACGAACACGGCAGCGGCGGCCGGCGCUAUCGGCUGGACGACAUUCACGCGGAUAAAGGACGGCAAGCCCUCGGUCAUCGGCGCUGCGUCCGGCGCGGUCGCAGGACUUGUAGCGAUAACGCCGGCAGCAGGCUUCGUAGGCCCAAUGCCAGCAAUCAUCAUCGGACUCGUUGGCGGCGUCCUCUGUGCGCAGUUGCCGCCCGCUUCCUGGUCAAACUGAAGCUGGACGACGCGCUGUCCGUGUGGGGCGUUCACGGCAUCGGAGGCACCUGGGGCGGCAUCGCCACAGGACUGUUCGUCGGCAUAGGCUUUGGUUCGCUCGAUGUCCCGCGUAUUCAGCAAAUUGGCAUCCAGCUGAUCUCCAUCGUUGCAACAUGGGGAUGGGCAUUCGCGGUAACGGCAAUUAUCCUGCUCGCGCUCAAGUACACCAUCGGCUUGCGCGUCCCCGAAGACAGCGAAGCGAUCGGUCUUGACAUCGCAGAGCACGAAGAACCUGCGUAUAGGUUCUAG